CGCUGCAUAUGAAAUUGAUGGCAAUUCGGUGUUCGACGAUGAUGCUCCGCCGGUGCACGAAGGAGCGGCUUGGCCGACACAUGAGCGACUGGAGCCGCAAGUCGCUUCUCGAAGUUUCGCAGGCCUUGGCCGCGGGCACGACGACGGCGACGGCGCUCACGGAAGCAUGCAUUGCGCAGAUCAAUGCGACGCGCGACCUCAACAUGUUUGUCGCCGACACCUUUGAGAGCGCGCGGGCGCUCGCUGCUGCGUCCGAUGCGCGGCGCGCCAGCGGUGCCGCCCGCGGCCCACUCGACGGUAUCCCCGUCGGUGUCAAGGACAUUUUCUGCAUGCACAACGAAGCACCGACGACGUGUGGCUCCAAGAUCCUCGACGGUUUUCACGCGCCGUACGAGUCGACGGCGACGCAGCGCCUUCUGGACGCCGGCGCCGUGCCCCUCGGAAAGCUCAACAUGGACGAGUUUGGUAUGGGGUCGGCGACUAAGUACAGCACGUUUGGCGCAACCAUCAACCCGUGGUCGACCAACUUGACGGACGCCGCGCUCGUCUCGGGCGGUAGCUCGGGCGCGAGCGCUGCGGCCAUCGCGUCUGGCUGCUGCUUUGCGGCGCUCGGCUCCGACACUGGCGGCUCGGUGCGACAGCCGGCGGCGUACUGCGGUGUCACGGGCAUCAAACCGAACUAUGGCCGCAUCUCGCGCCACGGCAUGAUUGCGUAUGCGAGCUCGCUCGACACGCCGGCACUCUUCACUAAGACAGCACGGGACGCGUCGCUCGUGCUGCCGCUGCUCGCGGGGCCCGACGGCAAGGACGCGACCGCGAUCCAGGAGCCGAUUCCAAACGCCUGGUGCCAACUGCCAGCGGACACGUCGAGCUUGAAGGGCUUGACGGUCGGUGUGCCGAACGAGUACUACGUCGAGGAACUUCCAGAAGCCAUGCUUGCCGUGUGGGACGACGGCAUCCGCCACCUUCGUGACGCCGGAGCACGCGUCGUCGAGGUGUCGCUGCCGACCACCAAGUACGCGCUGCCGACGUACUACAUUCUUGCGUGCGCCGAAGCGUCGUCGAAUCUCUCGCGCUACGACGGCGUCCGCUACGGCUUCCGGGCGGCGACGACCGAGACGAGCGUCGCCGACGACUCGAACCAAGCGACAGCGCUCCACGACCUCUAUUGCCGGACGCGCUCAGAAGGGUUUGGCCCCGAAGUCCAGCGCCGCAUCUUGUCGGGCACGUUCGUGCUAUCGGCCGGCGCGUUCAACGACUAUUACGAGCGCGCAGUCAUUGUGCGGCAGCGCAUUCGCGACGACUUUGCCGCGACGUUUACCUCUGGCGUCGAUGUGCUCCUGACGCCGACGACGCCCACGGGGCCCUUCUCGCUCCACGGUGCCGCCGACCCGAUCGAAAUGUUUAUGAACGACAUCAUGACGAUUCCUGCGAGCCUCGCAGGGCUGCCCGCGCUCUCGCUGCCGGCCGCCAUCUCGGGCGGCCUUCCGCUCGGCCUCCAGCUCAUUGGCGCGCCCCAGACCGAAGACCGCCUUCUCUCGGCGGCCGUCGCCCUCGAAGAUCGCCUUGCAUUCCGCCAGCUCAUUCCGGCCCGCGUCUACGAAGGCACGCGGUAGGUCGAUGCGCGAACGCAGCGGUAAUAGAGACUCCUUCCACGCAUGCAAUGAUGAUCUGUCGACGCUUUUUCUCAUCGCCGAAUCCAAAGAUCUGCGUUUUGCCAUUCGAAACCAGCGCUCUGCAGCAACCACAACCCUUGCUCGGGAACGAUCGGAAGUCUAUCAUCC